AUGGCUUCGACGCAAUCUCCAGCUUCAAAUCGUCUGAUAAUCCUUGAAGAUCUUGACCAGAGAUAUGUGAAUAUCAUCGGAGCCUAUAGCGGAGCACCUCCCAUUGUAUUCCUGGCACAUGCUGCCGGGCCGUAUGUGGAUGACAUUGUUGAUGAAAAUUGCCUCGCGCACGACAGUAGCCAAUAUUGGAGAGUCAAGACAUUCCAGUUACAUGGCGUUGACCCUCAUCCGAAGCAAGCAUUUGGUGUCUAUGUCGGGAAAGACACUGUUCUGGACCGGAUUGUGCAAUACCUUGACGGAGACCGCACAUACCACCCCAGCGCACAUCUGGUAUCUUUCUGGUCUACAAAUAACUCAGAUGGUUCUUGGACGGCUCUUCUUCUCGUGGAUCCCAUACUUGAGAACGUCAUCCACAAGUUGCAUAUGACGCCGCCAUCGGACGAGCCAGUGCACAACCUGACUCUUCAGCACUCCGACUUGAGUGACAACCGUAUACCCGUACCCGCCCGUUUCUCCAUCAAAAGGCUACCCGAAGAUUCGCAGCAGUGGCACAAACCCCCAUCGAGGUCGCUCAGCCUUUCAUUCUUUGACAACCUCGUCCAUGCCUACACUUACCAAGGGCACGCGACGACGUCGGACCCGCGCUCGGCAACAGACCGCGAGUAUUUCCACGCGCUGACCUACCAUAUGAUGACCGUCAUGAACCGGAUGAAGGACAUCGAUGACAUAUUCCGGACGCUCUACCCCACCACGACGGCUUCGUCCUUCACUUCUCCCCCUCUUCCCAACGGAGAUAGCCCGCACCUAAACCACAAAAACAGCAGCAGCAACAAAAACCAAAACAACACCGACGACCGCGAACGUCAGUCCUGGCACGCCCUCCGCUCCCACGCCCACACCCUACACGCCCGCUUCGCCGCCACGCUCGCGACGUACGAGCAACGCGCCGCCAUCGAGCAGAGCCUGAUGGCCAACAAGCAGAGCGUGCUGUCCGACGAGCAGAGCCUCCUGGCCAACAGGCAAGCGCGCAGCGUCGGCCGGCUGUCUGCCCUGGCCACGGUGCUCGUCCCCUUCUCCGUCGUCGCCGGCAUCUUCUCCAUGUCCGGCCGCUUCGCCGCCGGGGAGGAUCUCUUCUGGGUCUUCUGGAUCCUCGCCGUCUCGUUUCUGGCGGCUUCGUGGGCUGGCUUUUCUUCGAGAGGGUCGUGA